AUGUCUUCCGACAACUCGCACAACUCCAACGACAUGGCGCGCCAACAGAGACGAGGCUCGGUCACUUCUGCCGCCUUCACCAACCUCUUCAGAAGCAAUUCCAUCUCGCAAGCCCAGGCCACCUCGUUUCCCACCCCUCUGACAUCUGCCACCCUGGGCGACCAGCGCCGGAGACUCUCCAUCACGACGCUGGGCCUGUCGGGCACCUCUCCCACCACCACGGCCUCUCUCAUGCGCCGCGCCAGUCUGUCAACCAACUCGGACUCGAUUGACGAGAACGCCGUCGAGGACGACGACGUUGCCCGCACCGCUCCCACUACUCCCUUCACCCGCCGCAUGAGCUUCGGCGCCAACCAAGCCGUGCGUGGGGUGCGUGGAGGCACCAGCCCUGGCAAUGGUAGGCCUUCCCUGCCCGUCCGGAGAAGUAGCGCUGCACGCGGUAGCCCCCCUACCCCACCGCUGGCCUCGGCGCUAGGCUCCGGGAACUACACGUGGGGUAGCAGGACAUCUCAGGCAAGCAGUGCAACCCAUUUCAGACCAGCUUCUGACAUGUCCCCUCCCGCUCGAUCAGACCAAGGCUUCAACUGGUCCGAUCAGCUUAGGUCCCGUGCCGAGAGCACUGUUGCAGGCUCUCGUGUUCCCUUCUUUUCCUCGGGUCUGAGCGCAUCCCCGCCCCGCGGUAACGGCGUCGGCGGCGGCGGACCUCCUUCGACGACGGGUCCCCGUCAUGACCGAGCAAGAUCCGUUUCCGACAUGCCUGUGCCCCCGGCUCAGGCGCCAAAAUCGCGCACGCCUCAAAAGCCAGACCACUUCCAGGAGCGCAUCCUGAAGGGUGAUUUCUACAUGGACUGA